AUGGCGGAAGCAAUCGACAACAGGGGCCCCGAGCUCAUGGGCGUCAACAUCGCCUUUUACGCCAUGGCUUUGAUUACAUGCAUAUUGCGAUGCUAUGUCCGCCGUUUCGUGGUUGACGCAUUCAGGACCGAUGACUGGCUUAUGGUUGUGUCUACGAUAUUCUUCACUCUCUAUGCGACCUUUUCAACUGUCGGUACCACAUUCGGUACUGGCCGCCACCACGCCGAUCUCGAGACUGACCAAGUCACCACCGCCAUGAUGUGUUGGUGGUUCUGCUAUCUCUGGUAUUGUCUCACUAUGAUCUCCUGCAAAUUGUCCAUCGGAUACUUUCUUCUGCGAGUCACCACCGAGAAGGUCCAAAAAUGGAUCAUUUAUCUCGCCAUGUUCUCAACUGCCUUGUCUGGCAUCAUCUUUUUCUUUGUCACCGUCUUUCAAUGCCAUCCCGUUUCGUACUUCUGGAACAAGGAGCAGGACGGCACAUGCAUCAACCCAACAGUUGUCAUCGCAUUGGCCGUUCUGUAUAGUGUUUUCGCUGUCGGCUCCGACUUUAUUUUCGCAAUCCUUCCUGGUUUCAUUGUGUGGAAAUUACAACUGCACAAGAAGACUAAAUAUUCACUGAUUCCUCUUCUUGCAAUGGGUUGCGUUGCCAGCGCUGCCGUCAUCGCACGCUUUCCUUACUUGCCCCUCAUCAGAUCGCCUGACUUUCUCUGGAACACCACAGACAUUGCGAUCUGGUCAACGAUCGAGCAAAGCCUGGCCAUCACUGCCAGCAGCAUGGCAACCCUGCGUCCUCUGAUCAAGCAAGCUGCUUUCCGUCUCGGCUUGACAAGCAAGCCCGUAUCAAUUGGCCCCUCUGGGUACAAGAACUCAUCCCGGACUCCUGGUCCUGGAACACCCAAGGCCUUCUCCGGCCGCGACGCAUAUACUCUUUCAUCCGUCAGCCGCACCGCCAAUGAGAAGCGAGGAACCAGCUUCUUCCCUAGCGACCUCGAAACUGGCAUCAAGAAGGAGAUAAAGUGGGAGGUCAAGAUAUCAAGAACAGUGGCAAGUGAAAGCCAGGAAGAGCUUCAUACGCCCAGGAGUGUCAUGAAUAGGAAUGUCAUCUAA